AUGGAAGCAUUUGUGGGAAUUCUCGUAGAUACUUUGAAUUCCAUGAUCGAGGAGGAGCUUGGAUUGCUUUGUGGCGUUGCAACCAACAUGCAAAAGCUUUCACGCUUGCUCUCUACCAUCAAGGCAGUACUUGAAGAUGCUGAGCAGAAGCAAUUCACAAACAAGCCAAUACUACAGUGGCUUCAGGAGCUCAAUGUUGUUGCCCAUGAAAUCGAUGAUGUAUUGGAUGACUACGCUGCUGAAGCCUCAAGAGUCAAGUACAAAAAUUCUGUUCGUUUUAGUUUGAUGUGUUAUCCUGUAGCAGGAAACUUAGUGUUUCGUCACAGGAUUGGGAAAAGGAUGAAGCAGAUCCUUGAAAAAUUUAAUGCAAUAGCUGAUGAGCGAAUAAAGCUUGAUUUGAGUGAUCAGAAGCGUGGGAGCUAUUUCAAUGCAAGCCUUGAGACUGGAUCCAUGGUAAAUGAACCUGAAGUUCUUGGAAGGGAUGAGGAAAAAGAGCAGAUUGUACACAUCUUGAUGAAAGAAAAGGAUAGAGAUGAUCAGAAUGCAUCAAUUCUCCCUAUAGUGGGUGUUGGAGGCCUUGGAAAGACAACACUUGCCCAAUUGGUGUUUAAUGAUGAGCGCAUAGCCAAGCAUUUUGAGCCAAAACUCUGGGUUUGGGUUUCAGAGGAUUUCGAUGGGAAGAGGAUUAUAAAAGCCUUAAUUGAGUCUGUAGAAAAGACUUCUAUUGGAGACUUAGCCUUGAAUACUCUUCAAAGAAAGCUUCAAGAGUUGUUGAGAGGGAAAAGAUACUUGAUUGUACUGGAUGAUGUAUGGAAUGAGAAUACACGGGAAUGGAAGAAGCUGAAAUCUGUUCUGGAAUGCGGAUCAAGUGGUAGUUCAAUUGUGGUGACAACUCGUAAGCAAAAGGUUGCUGAAAUAAUGCGCACAUUAGAGACACGUUAUCUAUUGAGUUUGUCAGACGAUCAGUGUUGGUCACUGUUCAGGCAACAGGCAUUUGAUUGUCAGGAGAAGCAAGAAAGACUUGAAGCUAUUGGAAGAGAGAUUGUAAAAAAGUGUGGCGGUGUUCCACUAGCUGCAAAGGCUCUUGGAGGCUUUCUACGAUUUAAGUCGGAAGCGGAAUGGAACUCCGUGAAAUGCAGUGAGCUUUGGAACUUACCUGAAGAUGAAACACAUAUCUUGCCCGCAUUGAGAUUGAGCUACCUUAAUCUUCCAGUAGAGUUGAGAGGUUGCUUUGCAUAUUGUGCUGUAUUUCCCAAGGGCUCUAAAAUUGAAAAAGAGGAGGUAAUACAUUUGUGGAUGGCAAAUGGAUUGAUUUCUUCUAAUGGAACGAUGGAAGUGGAAGAUGUUGGUGAUGCUGUGGUGACUGAACUACAUCAUAGAUCACUGUUCCAAGCUGUGGAGAAAGAUGAAUUUGGCCUUGUCCAUGAUGACACUUUUGAGAUGCAUGACCUUGUCCAUGAUCUGGCUCGAUCCGUAAUGGAGGCUAAACACGGUGGAACAGAGUCAAACAGAACCAUGAUGUUGGAUUUGCGAGAUGAUCAGCUAACAAUGGCUUUUCCUAUUACAAUCACAGGCAUUGACCAGUUUUCUUCUUUCUUGUCAAAAUGUGGUUCCCUGAGGGCGCUCAUUGUAAGGUCCCUGAGAGAAAUAGUUAUAGAGUUUACAGAGCUGCCACCUGCAGUAAGCAAAAAGUUUACAGAGCUGCCACCUGCAGUAAGCAAACUGAAACAUUUAAGGCAUCUAAAUCUUUCAAGAUCCAGCAUUGUUGAACUACCCAAUUCAAUUUGUGACUUGUGGAAUUUGCAAAUUUUAAACCUAAAUGAUUGUAAAUAUCUUCGGAGCCUACCCAAGGGCAUGAGAUUCCUCAGAAAUCUUCGACAUCUUUGUCUACAGGGGUGUGGGAAUUUGACACACAUGCCAAGUGGAAUUGGAAAGCUAACUUGCCUGCGGACGUUGAGUAUGGUCGUCUUGGGUGGCAAAAGUGGCUUCCGGCUAAGUGAGUUGCGAGGCUUAAAUAACCUUCGAGAAGAGCUAACAAUUGAGCACCUUGAGAGGGUUGAAGACAAAAAGCAUGCAAAAGAAGCUUGCUUAAUUAGAAAACAGAGUCUCCGCAAGUUGCGUUUGAAUUGGGAUUCCAAAAGCACGUUUCAACAGUACAACGAUGAGGAAGUGCUUGAAGCCUUGAAACCCUGCCCCAGCCUUCAAUAUCUGAGUAUAAGCGGCUUCGAAGGUUCAUCAUUAUUUCCAUCUUGGAUUUCAACUGUAACAGAAGUUGAUGUGGUGGAAAGUGCAGCAGAGUACAUAGUUGGGGCCCAGGAGAGUACCGCCGCUAGUGCUGCAAUGUCCCCAUCUUCGUUGAAACAGCUGGAGUUAGAGAACAUGCCCAACCUAAAAGGAAUGUUAGGAAGAGAAGUCCAAGGUACUCCAGGAGUAUUCUCUCAACUUCAAUCCUUGUCCUUUUAUCGUUGUCCAAUGUUGACAUUGCCAUUGCCACGUAUGCCAUCCCUGAAGGAGUUACAUAUCGAGCAGUGCCCGAACAUGGCAUGGGCUUCAAUCUCCAAUCUCACUAGUCUCAACUCCCUUAGAAUUAUGGACAUUGAAGGGUUCAGUUGUUUUCCAGAAGAGAUGCUACAAAAUCUUAGUCUUCUUGAAUCCCUGGAAAUUCGGUGGGUGAGUGAUCUGCGAGCCUUACCCAGAAGCUUGGCUAGCCUCACGGCUUUGAAGGAAUUGACCAUCGACCACUGUCUCGAGCUGGAGUCUCUGCCAGAAGAAGGAUUGCGAGGCCUUGCUUCUUUGCAGAAACUCGAUAUCGAGGGAUGCUAUAAUUUGGUGAGUCUCUCAAUGGGGACUAAAGCCCUCAAAUCCCUGACUCAUCUACGCAUCGCAAGGUCAAACAUGGCAGAUCUGCCAGAGGAAGACCACUCCAUUGAGCCUUCUACCAUACCAGGGAACAAAUUUAUCCAACUUUUUGCUGCAAGGAAGAGUUUUCAUAUUUACCAUGUAACAAUCCAAAGCACCAUUCUCAGUAAUUUGGCAGAAAGAAGAUGA